AUGGUUGAGAAGAUUGUAAAGAAAAACGAAAACAAGAAGAAGGAGAAGGAUCCUGUUAAAAAAAUACUUCUUAAUGUUCAGUUACAAGAUGAGGAGAAGUCUAAGAGUGAAAUUAUAAUAGCCAAAACAGUAGCGUCGGACCCUCUUGCUGCUAUCGAAGGAGAAGCUAAAAGGACAAAACCCAAAACCCCACCACCAGUGUGA